AUGCUGAGCCACUUAAUUUCUAUCACUAGUAAAUUGAAAUGGGCUUUGACUUUCACACUCCAUCGCUCUUUCUUUUGGUCAUCUGGACUUGAUUAUCAUGUGGCAUACUCUGUCGAAGUACUUGACCAGGCAAGAAAUAGUACUCAACUAGUAGCGCCUGCAGAUUGUGCUAUUUGUCUUUGCAAGAUUGAUAAUAUUGAAGGAGGAGAGGAGAUAAGUGAACCGAGAUGUGGCCAUGUAUUUCAUAGAGUUUGCAUGGACAGGUGGCUCGCGUUUAGGCACUCAACGUGUCCACUCUGCCGUGACUUUCUUCUUCCUGUUACAACAGUCACUGAGUUUGGAACUGAAGUGUUAGUGUUGGAGUUUUGUUCACUUAGUAGUAGCACCAGCGACCGUGACAAUUGGUGGCUCCGUUGA